GAAGUGGAGCGCAGCCUGGAGUCGAUGACUGCUGAGCGUGAUGGUCUGCAGCAACGACUGACAUCGACGUCGGAGGAGCUCUCUGAGCAGCUGCAAGCGGUAGAGCAGGCGAAGGCGUACAUUUCGGAGUUGAAGAGUGAGAAUGAUUCUCUUUUUACCCAACUGCAGCACUGUUUAGUGAAGUUUGAGGCAGUGAACGUCCGUCUUAACUUGUGGAGGUCUAGUGGUAAGUUGAAUGACUCCACAUCAACUGUGUCAGAGUAUCCAUUGACGCGCUCUGUGGUUGGAAUUAAGAAGUGA